AUGAUACAAUUUUCUGAGCUUGAAAAUGCAUUACUUGAGUGGGUUCUGCAAAACCAAGGAAGAAUAACAUUAAGCUGGCUAUUCAAAUUUAAAAAAAGGAAUAGAUUAGGAUGGGUAACAAAACAUGAAGAAGAUGCUUCCGUAGACGAAUCUGUUAUUGCAGUUGUUAUUCCUCAGUUAAAUGAGCCUUUGGACGCUGGCAUUAUUAUGUCCUUUAAACACCACUAUAAAAGUUACUUUAUCAAAUGGCUGCUUGAUCAGUAUGAAGCUGGAAAUGAUAAUAAGUUGAAUGUUCUUGGUGCCAUAAAGUUUAUUGUCUGA